AUGAGCAAUCAAACAUGGCUCGAGUAUCUCGAAAGGCAAGCCGCUGCCUCCUCGCAACCGCUUUCCUCCUCCUCCUCCUCCUCCUCAGGAUCGGCCGCGCCUACCCCGGAUGCCCAAGCUGCAUCGGAGCGCCUGACCACCUUGAUGUCUCGGCCGAAGCGUAUGCAUUCCUCGUAUAUCGAGCUGCUACUCCCAUUCAGCUCGUCCUCUUCCCUGUUGGAGGAGUACAUCGCUACCUCGGGGAAGAUCAGGCUAGGCAAGGUCUUCGAGGCCCUCGACUCCCUCGCGGGGGAUAUCUCCUACAAGCAUGUCCUCGGUGGCAGGCCCUCAAGCGGCGAUGAGGCCGUGCCCAUUUUCCUGGUGACGGCUGCUGUGGACAGGCUGGAUUUGGUGGGGACGGAACACUUGAGAGUGGACAGAGACUACCGGCUGUCAGGCCUGCCGAUCUACGUGGGUUCCUCGAGCAUGGAAGUGCUAGUUGUGAUCGACGAGCUGCCUGCCCACGAUGCAGCACCGGGGACAGCGGCUAAGACGGUCAUGUCCGGCCGUUUCACCAUGGUGGCCAUGAAUGGCGUCACGAAGCGUAGCCAACGUAUCCCUCCGCUCGAAGUAGUGGAGGACGAUGAGCGCCAACUCUUUGAGUUUGGACGGUCGCACAAGGACAGGAAGAGGAGUGAGGUGGAGACGAGCUUGCAACGGGUACCGCCUAGUCAAGGUGAGGCGGGAGAGUUGCAUGGAAGAUGGUUGGAGGAUCAGAGGGUACUAGAGGAGCAGGUCAAGGGGAGCGGGGCAUUCACAGGUAGGGACGUAAAGCAGGACGUCGAAGUCGUGCCGGCGGGUAAGACAAGAUUGACUUCUACCCAGCAUAUCCAUCCGCAGAGCGCUAACAUUCACAAGCGCCUCUUCGGCGGCUUCAUCAUGCGUCAAGCCUACGAGCUAGCCUGGAUGGUUGGGGCUACUUUUGCGCACGCACCCGUCAACUUCCUCGCAUUGGACGCCCUCUCCUUCCACUCGCCCGUGCCCAUUGGUGCCAUCCUCUGCAUGACAUCGCAGAUCGACUACACAACAACGACCACCACACUUGCUGCGGGCCAGGAAGAGAGGACGGUCGCGGCUAUCUCAGUGCUGGUGGAGACGAUCGACGUUGAGACGGGGGAGAGGAAGAAGACGAAUACCUUUGACUUCUCUUUUGAUCUGGGAGCGGGCGAAAGGAAGAGGAGAGUCUCUCCGCAGACGUACCAGGAGGCUAUGCGGUGGAUCGAGGGGAAGAGGAGGGUGCAGCUUGGAUUAGAGUUGAGGGGAUUAUAUGGGAAGGGGGAAGGCGCGUGA